UGUAAAUUCUAGAGAAUGCUAUAAAGAUCAGUCGAAAGGACACAUAGACGAUUCAACGCUCUCUAAAGCAAUGACCCAGAGAGCUAUGAAGGCAGAACUUCAACUUCUGAACACUCAACUUUGGCUUUGCCAGCAGAUGUGUUGGAAAAAUCACCAAAAGACCAUGGAAAAGCAAUGUGUCCUUGGCAUCCCCAAAGUACUUGAGGAGCAGCCUGAAACUUCACCAAGAUUCAACUUGCAGUCUGCACUGGCUGAAUUAGAAGAGAAGUAUAAGGAAAAUAAGGAACUCAUUUUGUCUGGAGUACCAUUAGAUAAAAUACCACCUCUAUCUACACAACUUUCAAAGAUUGACUGCUUGGAAGAGCAGUUUUGUGGAUGUCCUUCUAAUACUUCACAGCCAGACAGAGACAAUGAAGUAUCCACAGGAUACUUGGGUGACCAAAUUCAUGUCAAUCAGGAACCCAAAGAGGAUGUUGCAGUGUGCUCUGUUCUGCCUGCAGAGACCAAAGACAAGCCAAAGGAGGAAAAAGAAGCCCAACAGUCAGAACCAUGCAAGGAUGAACAGACAAAGCACUAUGUCUUUGUAGGAAAUAUAGCACAGUCCAUAAAUGAGGAAGCCAUUAUGUCCCAUUUUAAAAUCUACCAGAUUUCCAGUGUAUUCUUUCAGGAGCUAAGCAGAAACUCCAGCUGUGCCAUCCUGACUUUUAACAGUUUGGAACAUGCCAUGGAUGCAGUGAGGGAAAUGAAUGGGAAAGAAUUAUGUGGGAGAGUCAUGAAAGUGCGUUUUAUAAAAGAUUCAAAGCAAAAAGCCUCACUAGAUGUAAAACCACUUCAAACGUUUUCUGAAUCUGAACCCAACAAGAGCCAUUCUUCAAGUGCUGAGUUGAAUCCGUCUUCAUUAAAGAGUGUUUCACCAACAGAUAAUGUUCCAGUUAAAAGUAGUGGAUCUCUGCCUUUGUCUGACAUUAACAAGGUAGAGGCUGUUUCCUCAAACACUCACAGAGCAAGUUAUGUGCCACCUAAAGCUCCAGUACAAACAUCCUCUGCAGUACCCUCCUGGAGUACCUAUGGCCCCCCUAGCAUCAAACCUGUAAUGCAACCAUGGAUGAUGCAAUCUGUUAUUACUAAGUGGACACCAUACAACACACAAAAUCAGUGGCCCAUACACUAUUCCGGACAUCCUAUUUGGUUUCCUACUGCAUCUCAUGCUUCAUCUCAACAAGUUCCCUGUGUUGUAACCAAACCUGUUACAAAUCGUUCCAGAUGUACCCCAGAUGCUAAGGUUAAAUCCAGCUCGACUCUUACUUUCUGUAAAGAUGGAAGAAUGCAAGUUUCACCAAUACAGCCAAAUAAUGAUAUGUUAAACAGCUCUGGUCUCGUGUUUAGUAGUGGAUCUAGAGCUUCUACUCUGCAGAGUAGUGCUGUACAAAUUGGUUCCAAAAGUAACAUUCCAUAUUCCAGCACAGCUGUGAAAGAAACAUGUAAAGCGUCAACAAUUGAAACUGCCGGAGUAUCAAAUGUAGCUCCUUUGUCUAUACCAAGUAACACAGCAACCCCUCGUGCAACCGUGGAACCAUCUGCAGGUACCUUUAAAAUGCCAGUCACUUCUUCAGUGCCUCCAACAGUUAAUGGAACAAGUACAUUACGUACUGCUAAAGUUUCACCAUCAGUCAGUGAACAUGUGCACCAUGCUGCAACUGGAUCAUCUAACUUGAUUAGAGUCCCAUUAAGAGCUCCAAACUUUAUCCCGUUAACUGUGAACAUCCCUGAGCAUGUUACAAGUGGAACAUCUGUCCGUGGAAUGUCCUCAGUCACCACUUGCACCACAGCAGAUCUCUCGUUUCCUAGCCAGAUACCUGUGGUGUCUUCCCCUUUACACAUGACAAAUGAUGUACCACGUACUGCUCCAAGUUUACAUGGUUCGAAUGCAGAGCAGCAUCCAUUGUGCCAUCAAGAAUCGGUAAUUACAGAUUCAGACACAUGCCCAGAAUUGGAUCCAUUAACAGAGUUUCCUACUGUCAUCAUUCCAAACAGACUAAAUCUAUCCACUUUCACCAGAGUAAUGAAGCAACUAAUGGAAUUGCAUCCCGAUGUUACACGUGACCAUAUUGUUGAGACAAUGAAGGAGAUACGGAAAAGAACUGGUCGCUCACUCAAUGGCUUGACUAUCAGAGAGAUGGUUUCAGUAGUUUCUCGUGAGCUGAGCAAAAGCAAAUCUUCAAAGACAACAUGAAGUCCAUGCUCAGGGUUUUUAACCAUUGGAUUCCACACCAACGAAUCUGGCAUUCUUCAAGGAACUCAAAUAUUUUUU